AUGCCGAUGGCAAUGCCAGGACAGGAAGUUGACAACCGGGGCACCGACCACUGCAACGGCGUGGACCACAGCAACGGCCACCACGACCCCAUGCUUGUGGACUCCAGCGCGUUCUGUAUCAGUGCGCCCCUGCCUGCUCUGUCCGCGGACCCCUUGAACUGGAAGCGCACCGCCAAAGCCAUGGAAGGCAGCCACCUCGACGAGGUGAAGAGCUUCAUCAGGACGUUCUCCGAGUCCACUUUCGUUUCCUUGGAGGGCGUCAGCCUCACCAUCGCCCACGUUGCGGCGGUGGCUCGCAGGCCCGAGCUCCAGGUGCGCUUGGAUGCCGCCACCGCCAAGAAGCUCGUGGACCAGAGCUCCGACUGGGCGCUCGUCCAGCACGCCCUGCAGACCAACAAGUCGGACAAGCAGGCGGCCAGCUCGACCUUCAAUCUCAUCGCGGCGUUCGAGGAGGAACUCAAGGUGAGGCUGCAAACGGAGGUGCCACAGAUUCGGGAAGCAUACGACAACAAGGGCUACUCGCCGGUGCCCAACAGGAUCGAGAACUGCAGAACGUACCCGCUGUACAAGUUCGUGCGCAACGGAUUGAAGACGCAGCUUCUGUCGGGACUGCGCACCAUCUCACCCGGCCAGGAAAUCGAGAAGGUAUACGACGCCAUCUGCGAGGGCAAGCACGUGGCUCCGCUGCUGGAGUGCAUCGGAGGAUGGAACGGAGCACCGGGACCCUUCUCAUGCUGACAGGAUUCCUGCAUCAACUCCCAGGGUGGGUGUAAAAUUUUGCAACGCUGGAGCGCGGAGCGUCUGCUUCGGCGACGAGGCAGCAAUGGCUGGGGAAGUGGAGUGGAAGAGGGACUGGGGUCCCCAGGCCCUGAUGGAGGGAGGGAGGGGCCGCCAUAGCCACGAUCGCGGUGCAGUUGUGGAAGGAUGGUGAGAAUGUGGCCCUGUCGCAGGCAGAGUGGAUGCGGAAGGUGCUGUCGUGCUGUAGUGCACCUCUGCUCUCGCAGCCCGAACGGCGCAGAGGUGCUUCAAUUUCGGGCUUGCUGCAUUGAAAUGGGGACUGGCAUGCGGAGCUGUUGCAUUUCGUACCAAUCUCCUCACCCUUGUAAGAUAUAGGCUGGGUUGAUGUGCCCACUAUCAGUGUGAAGCACACCUUUUUUAAAAUGUAAUGUAUAUGAUUUUUUGACUCAGUUUUCUUCACAGGAUUUGCAGUUUUGUUGUUCA